AUGAAGGAUGAGAUGGCAGGAACAACUGCUGUAGUAGUUAUUCUCAAAAACCAGAAAAUUUAUUGUGUAAGAAUAUCCUUAGUGUUCUUAAUCAAUGGCAGUCACUCCAGUGAUCAAGCAACACAUUUUUUGCAUCAAAGUGGCUCUGAAAGUAGUGUUGUUAAUUUGUGGUAUUUCUUGACCUGGGGUAAAGUCUACUUACAUUUGUUUGACUUGGAAAAAUUCAACUUAAAUUGACAGCCUCCAGGAAAACGUGAUGGAUUGCACGGCAAUUGUGUGAUUAGCACAGUCGAUGAAUAAGUUUACAUUUAGUAGCAGUAGUAGUAGUAGUAGUAGUAGUAGUAGUGUGGCUAACAGGGUGCUAACAGAUUAAGGGAAUAGUAAAAAUAUUAUGUUCAUUGUACUAAUAGGGCAUGUUAUGUUAGGGCCCUGAGGUACACCUUUUGCUGAAACUGGGGCGAGAGUGAGCUUUGUUGAAUAUUUUCUUCACUCUUGACAGCACUUUUAUUUUAUAUAUAAAAGAAGGAAGAUAUAUAUUUAAUAAAAGAAGAAAUAGCCGCUGAUGUAUUGUCGAUUACUUGACAGUGUUUUAGAAACAACAAACUUUGUAAAUUGUAAAGUCCCCUUUAAAGGUGUAGUACCAAUGAAUGGAUGAACUGUGCCACAUGUGAUGGAAAGUUAAAUAAUAUUUUGAAUCACUUGGGAGGUAAAUUGCGUGAAUUAUGCAAUAAUCCACCCUAGAGGGUUGUAUAAGGGUUUGCAAAAUAACUGGUGUUUCAUGGUGGAUAAAUGGUUUUCUGCAGUGUGUAUGUACUUUUUGUAAUAUCCACCUCCUGAUUUUCUUGGUCUUUUUAGGGAAAUGUUGGUGACUCCAGAGCAAUAGCAUCAAAGAAAGGAGCAGUUGAACAACUUUCCUAUGAUCAUAAACCCAGCAAUGAUGGUAAUGCUGACAUGUUAGAUGUGUAAUGGACAUCAAAAUAAAAUUAUUUGUUUAAUGUUGUAGUAUUUUGGGAUAUCUAUGAAAGUAAUUGAUUUGGUGUGCAUGGAAUAAGGCCCUAUGUCAAGCCCUAGGAUUUCGUUACAGUGAUCGUAAGAAAAAAAACAGAACCAAAAAAUAGUUUCCCAGUGACUUACCCUGAGGGAUCAAAAUACAAUAUAGGUACAGCGUGCAAAGAAAGUAGUGUGCGAUAGCGUGGGGCUAGUGGAUUUUGCUAUGGGGCUAGUGAAUUCUGUUCUUAACCUGCCCAACGGGCAAGUGAAGUAUUUUGAGGAAUUCUUCUUACAGAAGAACUGUGAAAUCAAUUCUGCUCAUCAAAAAAUUUUGGGGGCUAGUUGAAAUGACGUUUGGGCUAGUAACUACUAGCUUCAGCUUGCCCAAAUGACAAGCUGUAAAAAUGAAUUUCUUUGCACCCUGUAGUAUUUUUCCACUUGGAUUCUUAACUAGCAGAGCAAUUCUUUAUGACUCAGCUUGUGUAUAUACGAAAAUUUUAAAAAACGUUACCAUUUUUCUAUCAUCCACCAUCUUGAAUCGUUCCCAAAGUGCAUUGCACAUUACUGAUGACUCAUGCAUGAAAGAUGUAACAGCUAUUGUUAUGGCGUCCAGUUUUUCUGUACAUUAAAAGAAAUAAAAGUGGGUUCCCAUGAAUUUUUACGGACCAAAAAAUUGUUACAGAUGGUUUUCCGUGAACUCUGGGCACGAAGCCGAAAAAUUGUUCUCCACGAGAUUUGAAAUCCUAGGGCUUGUGUGUAGUCCUCCAAUUCUUCUUUUAUUUCUUAAAUAUUUUCAAGGAAAAUUAGAAGGAGAAUUGGACAGUUUGGGGCUUUAAUUGGCAGAUUGGCUUGUUUCUUACCCAAGCUGUUUGUUUGAUUGCUGAUUUGCAUCAUCAGCCACAUUAUUCCUUCACGUGUCCACUUCUCAUUAAAAACAAUGUUUUCUCUCUUUUAUUCAAGAUGAAACCAGAAGAAUUAUUGCAGCAGGAGGCUGGGUAGAGUUUAACAGAGUAAAUGGUAAGUAGAUUAAAUUGAAUUAUUGUUUUGGGUUUCAGUGCUUAGUUCCAUUUUGAUGGGCAGUAAUGAAUUUGUUAUUGUGUGUUAUCCUGUAGGUAAUUUGGCUUUAUCAAGAGCUCUUGGAGAUUUUUGCUUUAAAAAGAAUGACAAGAAAUCUGCCGAGGAACAGAUUGUAACAGGU